ACGGGGGUUUGCGGGCCCAGCAGACAGGGAAAAAGUGGGACAGGAAGCGAAAGCGGUUCGUCGGGGACAAGGGACGCGAGGGCAAGGACAAGAGGAUCAAGACGGAAGACGGUCGGUGGAUCAAAGCCAGCUACAAAUCCGGAAGGUACGAGGACUGGAAGAAGAAGAACCGGAUGCACGAAGAAGCCGCUAGACGUCAGCAAGGCGACGAAGCCGACGAAGACGACGACGAUGAUCCCAAGAAAG